GUUUUGUUUUAUUUUGUAGGUAGAACUUAUUUGUUUGUUUGAAGGAUGGGUUGUUUUUGGUCCAGUGAGGGUCGUGAACAUUGUAUGCACUGUAAUCGCCGAGAUGUAAACAAUUUAGUAAUUAUAGACCAUGUCUGUGAGAUUUGUAUCAAUAGAGCUACCAGAACUUCUUAUUCACCACCUGGACCCAAAUUUGGGGAAUACCGCUGUAACUCCUGUCGACGAUUCUGGAGCAGUCGUUGGUGCUGGCCAGAUAAAUAUCAGAUGUGUAAACAGUGUAAGAAACCUACACUGCCCUUUAAUUUUAGGGAUUUAAAACCGACUGAUACAACAAAUGCAAAUGAGGAUGGUAAAGAACAUGCAAUAGAACUUUGUCAGAUGUGUCAACAGCUAGGGUAUUCGUGUAAGAAUUUUGGAAAAAAAUAUAAACCUGCAUCAUGUAACUCAAAAAAAACAAAGCAGUUCAAAAGUAAUUACUCGCACCGUAAACAAUGGUGAUACUUUAAAGCAUU